UCCCCGCCCGUGCCAGCCGGGCACCCCGGGCCGGGCACCCACGGGGGCUGCGUGGUGUUACAGUCCAUCCUGUUCAUAGGAGAGGUGGCUGACAUGGAGUCACUGACCAUCUGGGAGCAGCACACAGCCACGCUCUGCAAGGACCCCCGCCGUGGCUUUGGCAUUGCCAUCUCCGGAGGCCGGGACCGGUCCAGCCAAUCCGUGGUGGUGUCCGAUGUGGUACCAGGAGGCCCUGCGGAGGGCAGACUCCAAACUGGGGACCACAUCGUCAUGGUGAACGGGGUCUCUGUGGAAAAUGUCACUUCUACUUUUGCCAUUCAGAUUCUCAAAACCUGCUCCAAAUUGGCCAACAUCACAGUCAAGCGGCCCCGUCAGGUCCAGCUCCCUGCUACCAAGGCCAGCCUUCCUGGCCCAGGGCACCAGGAAUCGGACGAGGAGGACGGGCAUGCCCGGGGCUACGAGGGAGGCUCGUCCAGUGGCUCGGGGCGCUCCUGGGGCGAGCGAUCGCGCCGGCCCAAGGCCGGGCGCCGGAGCCGGGCUGGCAGCCAUGGGCGCCGGAGCCCGGGUGGCGGCUCGGAGGCCAACGGGCUGGCCCUGGUGUCUGGCUACAAGCGGCUCCCCAGGCAGGACGUGCUCAUGAAGCCUGUGACAUCGGUGCUGGUGAAAAGAAGCAGCAGCGAAGAGUUUGGGGUGAAGCUGGGCAGUCAGAUCUACAUCAAGCAUAUCACAGAUUCAGGCCUUGCAGCGCGGAACCGUGGGCUGCAGGAAGGGGACCUCAUCCUGCAGAUCAAUGGCGUGUCCAGUGAGAACCUGUCGCUGAGUGACACGCGGCGGCUCAUCGAGAAGUCGGAGGGGAAGCUGACCCUGCUGGUGCUCAGGGACCGAGGGCAGUUCUUGGUGAACAUCCCCCCGGCCGUCAGCGACAGUGACAGCUCCUUUCUGGAUGACAUCUCAGACCUCAACUCGGAAUCAUCGCAGGCGCCACCACCCCACGUCCCGCCACCGCCGGGGCAGAGGCAGAGGACCGCCCAGGCCAGCCCCGCCCACUCCCCGGCUGAGAGCCCCCAGUUUCGGCGGGAGAGGUCAGUGGAUUCCAGGACUAUCUCAGAACCAGACUCACCCAGAGAAAGCAACUAUGACAUUUACAGGGUGCCCAGCCGUCAGAGCUUGGAGGAUCGUGGGUACAGCCCUGACACACGGGUUGUCCGCUUUCCUAAGGGCAUGCACAUUGGGCUGCGGCUGGCUGGUGGUAAUGAUGUGGGCAUCUUCGUGUCCGGGGUACAGGCGGGCAGCCCAGCUGACGGCCAGGGCAUCCAGGAGGGAGACGAGAUACUGCAGGUGAAUGACACGCCCUUCCGGAACCUGACCCGAGAGGAGGCCGUGCAGUUCCUGAUGGGACUGCCUGCAGGAGAGGACAUGGAACUCGUGACCCAACGGAAGCAGGACAUCUUCAAAAAGAUGGUGCAGUCCCGCGUGGGCGAUUCCUUCUACAUCCGCACGCAUUUCGAGCUGGAGGCUAGCCCGCCCUCCGGCCUGGGCUUCACCCGUGGCGAUGUCUUCCACGUGGUGGACACGUUGUACCCGGGCGCUGGGCAGAGGCACAGCAGAGGAGGCUACUGGCUGGCUGCACGCAUGGGCCGCGACCUCCGGGAGCAGGAGAGAGGCAUCAUUCCCAACCAGAGCAGGGCUGAGCAGCUGGCCAGCCUGGAAGCCGCUCAGCGGGCUGCAGGCUUGGGGCCUGGAUCAUCUUCGGGUUUGAAUGCCAGAGCUGAGUUCUGGAGGCUUCGGGGACUUCGGCGGGGGGCCAAGAAGACCACCCAGCAGAGCCGUGAGGACCUGUCGGUGCUGACCAAACAGGGCCACUACCCACCCUAUGAGCGUGUGGUGCUGAGAGAAGCCAGCUUCAAACGCCCAGUAGUGAUCCUGGGACCUGUAGCUGACAUUGCCAUGCAGAAGUUGACAGUGGAGAUGCCUGACCAGUUUGAAAUUGCAGAGAGCGUGCUGAGGACAGACAGCCCAUCCAAGAUCAUCAAACUGGACACAGUGCGCGUGAUCGCAGAGAAAGACAAGCACGCACUCCUGGAUGUGACCCCGUCAGCCAUCGAGCGUCUCAAUUACGUGCAGUACUACCCCAUCGUCAUCUUCUGCAGGCCCGAGAGCCGCUCGGCCCUCAAGGCGCUGCGGGAGUGGCUGGCGCCCGCCUCCCGCCGCAGUGCCCGCCGCCUCUAUGGGCAGGCGCAGAAGCUGCAGAAGCACAGCGGCCAUCUCUUCACAGCCACUGUCCCCCUGCAUGGCACCAGCGACGCCUGGUACCAGGAGGUCAAAGCUGUCAUCAGGGAACAGCAGACGCGGCCCAUCUGGACGGCUGAGGACCAGCUGGAUGGCUCCUUGGAGGACAACCUUGACCUGCCCCGCCGCGACCUUGCGGACAGCAACGCAGACCUCAGCUGUGACAGUCGGGCCAACAGUGACUACGAAGAGACGGACGGCGAGGGCGGUGUCUACACGGACGGCGAGGGCGGACCCCACACCGACGUGGACGAGGGACCCCCAGCCCCUGCCCUGGCUCGGUCCUCAGAACCAGUGCGAGUGGAGGAGUCCCCGGGCCCAAGGGAUCAUGGGAGAAUCCCAGCUCAGCGGGAGACCCAGGUGGACAGCCGCCACCCCCAGGCCCAAUGGCGCCAGGAUAGCAUGCGGACAUAUGAACGAGAAGCUCUGAGGAGGAAGUUCACCCGUGCCCGAGAUGUGGAGUCUUCCGAUGAGGAGGGCUACGACUGGGGCCCAGCCACUGACCUGUGACCCCUCCUGGGCUGUCAGCUGACACCUCCCUGGGCUGGGCCUGCUUUCCUCUGAACUUUGCCUCUGGCAGAGGAUGGAGGAUUCUCACUGAGCUGGUUUCCAGCUGCUUCUGAGGAGGCUAAGGGGAGAAGAGGCCACUUCUCCUUUCAGACCUGCAGACCCCAAACUGAGACUUUGUCCAUUCAAUAAACCUUUAAUUUUUUUUUCCCCCAGUCAUGAGGCUUGA